AUGCCGCCCAUACCGUUCCUCGAGACCAACAUCCUUGUCUCUCUCGACCCAACCAACCUAGACACCGACGAGUGGCCUGAGUUGAAGCUACAGAAUGCGCGCGUGUGCGAGCCGGAUGACCGAACAGCGCCAGUCAAUCUCUUGCUGGCAACCGAGCAUCACCCACUUACGGUGAUUGGUGACAUCCAACCUAGUACGCUACCCGAUACCGUGCUGCAGCACGGAGUGACAAGUCGGGUCGUACCUGUCGAGAUCACCGGCGUCAAGUUCUUCGCAUACGGUCAACUGGACAACGGGACGAUCGUACUGUGGGCUGCGGGAAGGGCUGGUUGGUAUGCCAUUUCGCCCUCGCGAGCGUACAAGGAGACGUAUGAUCGCAUGCUGGAGGCGGUCCGGAUGCUAUACUUCGUCGCUGAUGCUUACAGAGAGGAAAAGAGGAUUGGAAAAGGCAGGAGUGCAUCGGUGCUGCAGCCUUAUAACGCACAAGAAUUGUUCGAAAAGUACGCGGAGGAAGUGCUUCGUGUGCCACAAGGUGCUGCAGAAGCUGCUCGAAAGGCAUAUGAACAUGUCGACUUCUUGUUUACAAGCAUGCUCACUGGGAAAGAGGGAAUUGAUUGGCCGAAGAACCCGCUCUAUCAGCAUCUGAAACGGAAGUUCCCGGCUGAGCAUGCAACGGUCGAGCACAGGUUGCGCGGACCGUCGAAGAGAGAGGAGCUCGGUCAGCCAAGCAAACACCAGUCUGUAGAUAACCGUUCGCCUACAAACAGUCUUAAAAGGAAGCGCGGUCGACCACGGAAGGAGCUCGCAGAGAGCGCACUCGAUUCAAUUUCGAUCAGCUCUGGUUCAACAUCAGGGACCGUGAAAGACUUGCAGAGUGCUGCAGAUGCUCCUAGGGGGCAGGGAGCGGCACACUCAAAGGCAAGGUACGGACGCCGUACGCGCCACACUCCGUCGGCACCAAGUGAGGAGUCAGCCGAGAGAUCAGUACCGCCUGAGCGAGCUGCAGCACCGGACGCGAACGCCAGUGAUAGCGAGGAGGAUGCGCAUCGUGCUCGCAAGGGGAGGUCGGCAUUGCGACUCAAGCCUAGCGAGGGUGUGAAGGGAGCAAAAGCGAUCAAAGGUGCAGCGAGAAGCAGAAUCGCGCCAGACCCCGGAGCCGACGACUGCGACGACGAGCUUGCCUCUUCACCGACCAUCAGCAAGCGCAAGGCGGAAGAUCAUGUUGAUGCUAGACCACAGAAGCGGUGUCACAGCAAGCCUGACGUAGAUGAAGGCAUCGAUAUGCCCGAGACGCCAUCCGUUGAAGACAACGCUGCACAUGAGGAGAACGUCCCGCACUCACCGUCUGACGCGCCACCUGGUGUUGCAGAAGCGGAAGACACAUCAGAAGCCGCUGCAGCCGUAUUGAGCCACGUGCCCGACCCAGUACAGGAAGACACCUGGGUGUGUGCCCUGGACGGCUGCACACACAAAGUAUACCUGGCUUCUCGAUCCGGAAGUCAGAGGUUGAUACGGGAGCAUUAUGCACUGCACGCUUACGAUGAGGACGAAAGGGUGCAAAUGGUGAAGCGGCUGCAGCACCCGUCACUCCCCGUCAACCAUCUAAUGGAGAAGGUGCGCAUGCAGGCUAGGCGGGAAGGCUUUUCAGGCAGUGCAUGGAAUGGGUCGAGGUUUCCGCCGCCAAUUGUUUCGCGGUAUUGA